UCCUGCCGGUUGCGGUUCAAAGAGGAAGGAAGAUGGCGGACAACAAAGGCGAAGAGGAUAUGGAGAGCUCUUCCAAAUUAGAUUCAGAACCUCAGGGAGAGGAUAGCGGAGACCCAGAAUUGAAAGAUGUGAAUCCGCUGAUUGCCAUAGAGACAAAUUUUAAAGAAGGAGAGGAUUCACAAUCCCAGGAGAAUGUUUCCCAGAUGUCUAAACCCGCUAACGACGUCGUUAGCGGAGGAGGGGACGCUAGCAGUAACAGCGCGGGCACAGGGGAAGAAGGCAGCAUUAGCAGUAAUGUUAGCCCAGUUGGGAACACCAAUGGCGGGACAACCGAAUUGAAAAAUGUGAAUGCGGUGAUUGUCAUAGAGUCGAACUCGAAAGAAGGAGAGGAUUCACAAUCCCAUGAGAAUAUUUCCCAGGUGCCUACACCCGCUAACGUUAGUGGAGGAGGGGACGCUAGCAGCAACAGCGCGGGCGCAGUGGGAGAAGGCAGCACUAGCAGCAGCCCAGUUGGGAACACCAAUGGGGGGACAACCGAGUCCUCGGCUGCUGGGGAUACUGCUGGAACCUCACCAGCACUCACAACCGAUAUGUCCCCACCUCCAACAGUUCCACCAGCCAACCCCGUCAUCCCAAUAAACCUUAUGGAUACUUGCGCUGUGUGUAAACAAAGUCUCCAGACCCGUGACUGUGAGCCUAAACUCUUACCGUGUCUUCACUCAUUUUGCUUGAAAUGUAUCCCACUGCCAGAGCGACAAGUUACCGUACAGGUGCCUGGGCCGAACGGACAGCCAGACACCCACAUAGUGAAUGUCAUGCGGUGUGUAGUUUGUUGUCAAGACUGCAAACAAAGUGACAUCAUUGACAACUACUUUGUCAAGGACACCACCGAGGCCUCCAAGACUUCAGAUGAAAAAUCUGCACAGAUGUGCACCAGUUGUGAGGACAAUGCAGAUACCAUUGGGUUCUGUGCAGAAUGUGGAGAGUGGUUGUGCAAAACCUGCAUCGAGGCUCACCAGAGGGUCAAAAUCACCAAGGACCACAAAAUCCGCAAGAAAGAGGAUGUCUCUGAAGAGUCUGUAGGUAUGUCGGAACAGAGGCCUGUGUUCUGUCCCAUCCACAAACAGGAGCCCCUGAAACUCUUCUGUGAAACCUGUGACACACUCACCUGCCGGGACUGCCAACUGCUGGAGCAUAAGGAGCACAGGUACCAGUUUCUGGAGGAGGCCUUCCAGAACCAGAAAGGCAUCAUCGAGACGCACAUGGUCAAACUGCAGGAGAAAAAGACCUACGUUCACUACUCUCACUCUCAGGUGACAAGCAGGAUAAAGGAAGUUACUGAUACCCAUAAGAAGGUGGAACAUGACAUCAAGAUAGCCGUGUUCACUCUUAUCAACGAAAUCAACAAGAAGGGCAAGUAUUUACUGCAGCAGCUUGAGAGUGUGACUAAGGAGAGGAGCAUGAAGCUGUUGACCCAGCAGACAGACAUCGCCAACCUGGCCAGGCAGAUCCUCCAUGUGCUCAACUUCACCCACUCUGCCAUUAACAGCGGCAGCAGCACCGCCCUGCUUUACAGCAAGAGGCUGAUCAUCUACCAGCUGCGCAAGGUCCUGAAGGCUGGACUGGAACCAGUGCCUCAGGCUAACGGAGCUGUUCGCUUUUUCUGUGACCCCACAUUCUGGGCCAAAAACGUGGUCAACCUAGGGAACCUGGUGAUUGAGAAGAUGCCCCAGGCUCAGCACCCUCCCAACAUUAUGGUGGGGCCCAUCUCCCCGGGCCACGGCCACCCGGGCCACGGCAAAAGCCCUGGGCAGAUCAACCUGGCCCAGCUCCGGCAGCAGCACAUGCAGCAGCAAGUCUUCGCCCAGCAGAAACAACAGCAGCACCAACAGCAGCAACAACAACAACAACAGCAGCAACAACAACAACAACAGCAGCAGCAACAACAACAACAACAACAACAGCAGCAGCAGCAACAACAACAACAGCAGCAACAGCACCAACAACAGCACCAACAGCAGCAGCACCAACAACAGCAGCAACACCAACAGAGGAUCCAGGAACAGAUGCGUAUUGCCUCCCAAAUGUCCCAGCAGCACCCCAGGCAGGCUGUACCUCAGAUGGUACAGCAGCAGCCCCCGCGCCUCAUCAGUAUGCAGGCCCAGCAGAGGGGCCCCAUGAACGGCGGGCCCAACAUGUACCCCCCCCACCACCUGCGCCUGCCCCCGGGACAGGGCCGCAUGCCCAGCUCCAGCGCCCAGCCACGCAUGCCCAACGGCCAGCAGUACUCCCCCAUGAUGCAGCCCCAGCUGCAGAGACAGCAUUCAAACCCAGGUCAUGCUGGACCCUUCCCAGUGGCAUCUCUCCACAACGUGAGCGCUGCCAACCCCACCAGUCCCACCAGUGCCAGCAUGGCCAGCGCCCAUGCCCACCGUGGCCCUGCCAGCCCCAUAGUGGGCGCCAUCGACCUCAUCCCCUCCGUCACCAACCCAGAGAACCUGCCAUGCCUACCAAACAUCCCCCCCAUUCAGCUGGAAGACGCGGGCUCCAGCAGCCUGGAUGCCCUACUGAGUCGCUACAUCUUAGCCAGCACAUACCCUCAGCUGGGCCUGGGGCCCCCCGGGAACAUGAACCUCUCCCACGGACCCUCCACACACUCCCCUGGCUCCUCAGGCUUAUCAAACUCCCACACGCCUGUGCGGCCAUCCAGUACGUCCAGCACAGGAAGCAGGGGCAGCUGUGGAUCUGCGGGUAGGCCAGGGCCAGCAAGCGGCCCAAUGGAACAGCAGGUCAAAGUCAAGCAGGAGCCCGGAGCCGAGAAGGAGUGUGGUUUCUCGGGAACCACCACCUCCAACGUCAAAACGGAACAAGGGAAGGAUGGAGGGAGGAGCGCGUGCAUGAUGAGUAGUUCAGAGAGCAGACGUACUCCCCCUCUCCCCGUGUUGGGCUCUGUGACUUCUGGCUCCUCUGUCCAGGACAUCCUCAAGAAGGUGGGGGAGCAUGUCAAAACUGAGCCCCAGGACCAGGAGGCCUGCAGUGGGGCCAACAGGCCUGGCAACGCCCCUAUCACCACCAGCAGCACAUCCACUGUGGCCUCUGCCGCACUGCUGACCAAUGGCAAGGGAGCCGCGUCCGCUGCCCUGCGCUCUCCACGCACUGCACAGGGGACCAACCAGAGCGGGGCAGGAGGGAAGGAGGACGACCCCAACGAGGACUGGUGCGCUGUGUGCAACAACGGGGGAGAGCUGCUUUGCUGCGACCGCUGCCCCAAAGUCUUCCACAUCACUUGUCACAUCCCCACCUUGAAGUGCUCCCCGAGUGGAGAGUGGAUGUGCACGUUUUGCCGGAGCCUGGCAAGCCCGGAGAUGGAGUACCAGCCUGACGACGAGCCUCGUAGCGAGAAGGACAACAGUGAGCAGGGCCUGAGUCCUGAGGACCAGAGGAGGUGUGAGCGCCUCCUGCUGUAUGUUUUCUGCCAUGAUCUCAGUGAGGGGUUCCAGGAGCCUGUCCCUCCCUCUAUCCCUAAUUACUACAAGAUCAUCAAGAAGCCCAUGGACUUGACCCUGGUGAAACAGAAGCUACAGUUGAAGCAUGUCCAACACUACCAGAGCUCGAAGGAGUUUGUCUCGGAUGUGCGCCUGGUUUUCAGCAACUGUGCCAAGUACAACGAGAUGUCUCGAAUAAUCCAGGUAUAUGAUGAGGAGAAACAGAGUAAUGUGCAGGCGGACUCAGAGGUGGCGGAGGCAGGGAAAGCUGUGAGUUUGUACUUUGAGGAGAGGCUGCUGGAGCUCUACCCAGAUGAGAGUUUCCCCGAGGUACCAGAGGAGCCUGAGGUACCAGAGGUACCCGAGGAGCCCCAGGCCCCAGCUGGAGAGGGAGAGGAGGCGGAUCUCACAGAAGACUCCGAGGAUGAGUUUGUGCAGCCUAAACGCAAGCGGUUAAAAACGGAUGAAAAGCCGAUGCACAUCAAGUGAGAAUCAUUGUGUUAAAAGAGGAAAAGAGAAGUGAAAGGAUUUUGUCUUCCUCAUCUCAUGUUUUUUGCUUUUUUUCCCUUUAAGACCACAUACGUAAAAUGCAGGACCUAUUGUACAAAUGUACAGGUUUAUUUCAUCCUUUUCCUCUUUUAAAGAGUUAUUGUAAAAUAGAAAUUAAAUCAAUCUGUGUAUCCGGCAAACUGGACUUUUUAAAGACCUCCAUUUCCUCUUCUGUGGCAAUUUAUGGAUGUUUAAGAAAGUGCUUGUACAGAUUUUAAAGUAUGAUUUGUUUUAAAGUAUAAUUUUGUUUGCAGUAGUUAAAUGAAUAAUGCGUCUUUUUUUCUAUUAUCAUUUCUAAUGUUUGUAAAUCUGUGAAACUUGCUUUAUAAAGUAUCUGAAACUCCCAUUUCCCCUAAUCUUGAUGUACUAUAAAGUUUGACAUUAAUUACCUACCAAGUAUUUGUUGUAUGUUUGUUGAAAUAUUUGACCUGCUGUAAAUAAGAGAAAACAAAUGAGGAAAAACCAGUGAUUUGUUUGGUAUUUCAUCAAUAAAUAAAAUGUUCAAAUAUU